CUCUUACUUUCUCUCUCUAAGUUUUUCUCUCAUGCUCUGCUCAUCCUAGAGAGAGAAACCAGUUCUUCAAGUUCAAGUAUAAGAAAAACGUAAUCGUUGCAAUUACUACACAAAAUUAUUAAGUAUUAUUAAUUAAUGAAUUAAUUGUUUUUUGAUUGUGAGAGACGGUUGAGUCAUGAGUGUAGCCGAUGAUGCAGUUACAACCGCAUUGAUAAAAGAGCAAUAUGAAAAAAAGCCAGAAAACACGUUCAUUCACUACAAAAGCAAUGCAGUAGAAAACGAAACCGUUAUACAUCUCGUGAAAUUGAUCUUCCUUUGAAAGUGAAAUUGGCAAUGGUUUCUAGAAUGGAUCAGUACGAGAUCAUGGAACAGAUCGGUCGCGGUGCAUUUGGUGCUGCGAUUCUCGUUAAUCACAAGGCGGAGAACAAAAGAUACGUGUUGAAGAAAAUUAGGCUUGCGCGGCAAACUGAACGGUGUAGAAGAUCUGCUCAUCAAGAGAUGGAUCUUAUUGCUCGGAUUAAGCACCCUUACAUUGUGGAAUUCAAGGAGGCUUGGGUUGAGAAGGGUUGCUAUGUCUGCAUUGUUACUGGAUAUUGUGAAGGUGGGGACAUAGCGGCAUUGAUGAAAAAAUCAAAAGGGGUUUACUUUCCUGAGGAGAAACUCUGCAAAUGGAUUACUCAAAUACUGUUGGCGGUAGAAUACCUGCAUUCAAAAUUUGUUUUACACCGUGACCUAAAGUGUUCUAACAUCUUUCUCACCAAGGAUCAUGAUGUUCGCCUGGGGGACUUUGGGCUUGCUAAGACACUAAAAGCUGAUGAUUUGACUUCUUCGGUUGUAGGAACUCCCAACUACAUGUGCCCUGAACUAUUUGCCGAUAUUCCUUAUGGAUUCAAAUCUGAUAUUUGGUCACUAGGGUGUUGUAUAUAUGAGAUGGCUGCUCACCGCCCUGCUUUCAAAGCUUUUGAUAUGGACGGAUUGAUAAGCAAGAUAAACCGUCCAUCUAUUGCUACUUUGCCUCCCUGUUAUUCCCCAUCCUUGAAAAUACUGAUAAAAGGGAUGCUGAGGAAAAACCCUGAGCAUCGUCCAACAGCAUCCGAAAUCUUAAAGCACCCUUAUUUGCAGCCUUAUGCACAUCAAUAUUGUUCGCCUCUCUGUCCUCCAGCAGCAACCUCUUCUCCUGAAAAGCCAAUUUCUGCUGUCCAUGAUCCUCGGAAAAAUAUGGUACAAAGUAAAAACAGAAAUAGUUUGAGAGGUGACAAAGGUUAUUUGAUGUUAAAUGAGCAAGACAUUGCAAAAGCUUCACUAAAGGGUGAUGAAAAAAUCACCGAGGUAGACAUCUCAUCGACUGAUGAUGAUGGGUCUAAGCUUCUAAUGCAUGUCGGAAAACGAAAUAGAUCCAGCAAUUUCAAUGCCAAAACAUAUAAACAGGAGGUUAUGAAGAAUGUAAUGAUGGCACCAAAACAUGAAAAAGUUAGAGAGACAAGCCAUCCAAUGAGAGGCAAUGGGGUGAUGGCCGGUGGACCAGUACACAAAAUAAAUACCGAGACAUCGUCUAAAUUGCCCAAACCUGAUUUUAGUGUUAGUGGUUUGAAGCGUCAUUUAGAUGUGCCAACUACCGCACCUUCAAAAGCAACCCUUAAUUCUGCCAAACAAAUCCAGAGGUCACAUACUUCUAAACAUCAGCAGUUACCAAUGGUAGAAUCUACCCCCAAAACAAAACCUCAACAUAAGGUAACAUUGCCAUCUGGUCCUAUUAAACAAGUAGCAGCAGAAGGUGGAGUUCCUGCAAAGCUAAAACGAAAAACUCUUCCAAGUCUUCUUAAACCACCCUCAUGUCUGGGAAGUAUAAGGCUGGCUGAAAAUGAUAUCCCAAAUGCAGCAAAUGAUACAGGAAGGUUAUAUCCAAAUAAAAUAGCUCAAGAGCCUCAGAUGAGCCAUCUUCAGCUGACUAAUAGUCAUCUACCUCAUGUUUUAAGAGAGCCUUUGAAGGCUUUUGAAUGUAGCACCAAUGGAAUGCAAACAGACAGCAACAAUUCUGUCUCAUCAUCAGUCUCUAUUCAAGAAUUUGAACGUUCUGACUUUGCAACCGCUUUUAUUGACAUGAGUGAUCCAACACUUCCUGAACAUGAGAGUUUAAAUCUCACUGAAAAAAUGGAAUCACGUCCAGACAGCAAUGGACCUGCUGAAAAUUUGUCUCGUGAAACCUCUUCCUUUACAUCAAAUUUUCAGAAUUCCAUUAUUGGUAAUGAGAAAGCAAGUCCCAAAUUAACUCUGGGUCACCCAAAUCAACAUUUUGAUAUAAUGUACGCUUCUGAUGACAGUUUUCUCAUAAAUCAAACAACUAUAUCUGCUGCUUGUGAGUGUGAUGAUCUCUCGGCCGAAGUCAAACAAGAAAUCAAAGCCCUUCAAGAUAUUUCUGGAGAACAGUCUAUUUGUGAAGUUAGUCUAGUAAGUGUGCCAAAUAAUAAGCCUCAUAAUGUUCACGAGCAGAAACUUAGGGGCAUAUCGACUCACGAUGAUAAAUUCAUGGUGAGGGAAGGAAUGUCUUCAGUGGCUGAAACUUCUCUGGUUAUAUCUAGCAAAAUUUCAAGCCAAAAAGUUAUACAAGAGAAGGAAAUGGUUUUACAGAAUCUAGCAACUGAAAGGCCAGCUUCUGGCCAUCUACCCCCAGCUUUUGGUGAUAUCAUCCAUGUUAUAAGCCAUAGCAGUUACCGUAUGGGAAGUGAGCUUCCAGUGAAGGAAUCAGUAGAGGUGGGAGAUACAAAUGUAGAUGUUGGUAAACUUAUCAACAUUAUAAAGGAUGAUUUAGAAAUAAGAAACGCAGGAACUCUAUGGUCCCUUAAAUCUUCAAAUUGCUCUGAAGCUACCACUUAUAAUUCGGGAAUUAGAAACUUGAGCUUGAAGUCAAGUAUUUCCGACCAUCCUGGUGUUGAAAAGCAAGAUGCAAAAAACCCCGAGUCUCUAGUUUCAAAACCAGAUUCCGCUAAAUAUACCAAAUAUAGCCCUCAAACAGCCGAAGAGGAAAUGCCAGAAAAAGAAUCUGUGGAUGUUAAAUCUUCCAAGCAGAGAGCUGAAGCACUUGAAGGCCUAUUAGAAUUGUGUUCAGAUUUGCUGCAACAAAAUAGAUUGGAGGAACUUGCAGUUGUUCUGAAACCCUUUGGAAAAGAUAAGGUGUCCCCAAGGGAGACAGCUAUUUGGUUGGCCAAAAGUCUAAAAGGAUUGAUGUUUGAGGAAAGUGGGAGACGUGAUUAAUGAGGUUUCUUUAUUCUUGGUACUAGUAUAUUUUACUUGUCUUUGAUGUUUUUUAUUGCUUUACUAGUACAUAGCCUUACAAAAGCCACUUGAAUUAAGAUAAAAAAAAAUUUCAUUCUUUCAGUGCCUUUAUGCUGCUGCAAAUAGUAACAAUUCAAUAUUCUAGCAUUAACUAAGGGUAAAUUGUAUACGCUAUGGCCAAGAAUAGUUAACAAUUUGAAUUGAUAUACACUUCAAUA